AUGCUGGGUCGCCAAGUAAUAAUCAUAGGCAUAAGCUCCAUUCACAUUGGCACAAAAGCCAACACCAUGACAGCAUAGAAUAUCAGUUCUGGUGCGGAUCUGCGAACUGCUAAAAUUAUAUGAAGCAAGCACUACUGUAGAAGGCAGCGAGUCAGAAUAAAGGAUUAUAUGUAGGACGUACUCUGGGCGUAUCAUGUAAACAUCCAUUUAUUGAUACUUGGAAGACCUCUCUCUUCUAUGCCCAACUCAUAACACCAGAGCCACUACCGAAGCUAGUAAUUUAAUUAGCACAUACCGAUAAAAUGUUCUCAUCAACAAUACUCGGGACAGGCCUGGCGCUGCUUGCCUCAACUCAACUGGUCGCUGCUCAAAGUCUGAACCUCACUCUUACGUUCUACCCUGACGAGGACAAUACGUGCUCUGGUGACGACUCCAAAGCAAUUACUUUCACCACCGCCAGCUAUCCUACCUCGCAAUCAUGCUUCAACCUAGGCGAGAUAUUCGCUAGGAACUCAACCGGCGGCUUCCGGAACUCGUCAGUCGUCCCUACUCCCAAUGAUGAGGGCAUACGAUGGGCAAUCACCAAUGCGCAGGCGUGGGACCCAGCCGGCAACUACUCGCAUGUCAAGUACGAACAGCUGAAUUCCGUCGGCAUGGACGAAGAUGACGAUGCCACGUACGCAUCGAGGAGAGUCAACAUCUACAACGGGGAGGACUGCCUCCAGGUGCGCUACGCCGAUGAUGACGAUGGCGAUUUGGCACCUUGGUUCGGCUGGACAUGUCACAGUUCCUCGGAUGACAACUGCAGGACGACUCCUUAUAGCAUCGAGAGCUUCAUCAUUAUUCCCUUCGAUGAAGACGACCGGGAGAAGGGAAAGUGUUUGACCUUUACGGAAGAAGGAGCCGGCGCCCUUAGCUUUCCUGGGACGUUUGGCGCCCUUGUCUCUGCGAUUGUAGUUGGAUUCUUCUUGCUGUAACGAGGCUAUUGUUAGGCGGUAUGGUGAUUCAUUACUACAUAGAAAUAUCAGCGUUGUCAAUAUAUAUUUCCCUUGAG